AUGGAGACUGCGUCGAAGGAGGAUAAGUUGAUUGUUCUUGGUGACUUCAACACCCGCGUCAGCACAGACCAUGCUGCGUGGACAGCAGUGUUUGGUCACCAGGGUCCAAACGGCUCCAGUGACAAUGACCUGCUCCUUCUACGAACCUGCGCAGAAUAUCGACUCAUCCUAAAGAACACCUUCUUCCACCUUCCGAUGCAGGAGAAGGCCACCUGGAUGCAUCCCCUGUCGCGUCAGUGGCACCUGCAGGACUAUAUACUCGUCCGGAGGCGAGACCGGCAGGACCUGCUGGUGACAUAG